UAACAGCCCAUUCGCCCCCAAGCUUCUUCGUUGACACAUAACACUUUCUCCUUUUUCUUCUCUUCUUCUUCGUCUCUUUCCCUUUGAUUUUUCUGCUCCCAAUUUCUCUUCGCCCUCCCUCUCACAAUGGCGGAUCAGCUCACCGACGAUCAGAUCUCUGAGUUCAAGGAAGCCUUCAGCCUAUUCGACAAGGACGGAGAUGGAUGCAUUACUACCAAGGAGCUUGGAACAGUCAUGCGGUCAUUGGGACAGAAUCCUACUGAGGCUGAGCUUCAGGACAUGAUCAAUGAAGUUGAUGCUGAUGGAAAUGGGACAAUUGACUUUCCAGAGUUCCUUAACCUCAUGGCUCGCAAGAUGAAGGACACCGACUCUGAGGAGGAGCUGAAAGAAGCUUUCCGUGUGUUUGACAAGGAUCAGAAUGGGUUCAUCUCUGCAGCUGAGCUUCGCCAUGUCAUGACAAACCUAGGCGAGAAGCUCACUGAUGAAGAGGUUGAUGAGAUGAUCCGUGAAGCUGAUGUGGAUGGGGAUGGCCAGAUUAACUAUGAGGAAUUCGUCAAGGUCAUGAUGGCCAAGUGAGAACCUGAUCAAUCCCGAAUUUAAUCUUUAGAAGUAAAAAAAGAAAAAAUCAAAACCAAAAAAAAAAAAAUGAAAAAUGAAAAAGAAACAGGGCAUAUAAGCUUGAGAUUUCAUUUCUUGUUAGGAUGCGUUCUUUGGUGCUAUUAACUUUGUUUGGGUGUUUCUCUGUUUUCUCAUUUGCAUUGUUUGUAGUGCUACUCUUUGGUGAUUUUGUUUGCUCUACCCCUUGUUUUUAGCAUUCCGGGUUGUACUGACUUCUGGUACUCUCUUCCCCUUUGAACCUAUCAUUUAUGCACUUCUGUGCUUCUUUCUUAUGAGUGAAUUAUUUUCUACUCCUGCAUUAUC